AUGGAAUGCAAAUCAUCAAAUUCGCGAACAUAUAACCAGAUUUUAAACCAAUUUGGCACUCAUUAUAUAGCAAACUCAAGUUUAGAACAUAAAGCAGCUCAGAGGCUCACAAUGUACGAGUUCAUGGAGUACAUUCUCAAGUCUUUCUACACAUCCACCGGCUGGAACGAGAACAACAGCUACGAGAACAUCAUUGCAACGUCACAAGGUGAUGGUACCAUUAAUGGAUCAUUAGCAUACUUAUACACAUCAACACCUUUGAAACAUGUGCUAGGAACUAAGGAAAUCAGUUUACAGGAUGCAAUUCAAGGAUACAGGGUUAUACGACCUCCAUUAUAUCACACAUAUAAUAAUGGAUUCAUCCCAUUUCAACCACACUCUUUAUACUAUGGAAGAAUGUAUUUCCCAGGUUCAGCAUUAGAAGCAAUGGUUGUCAAACGUAUCUCUGAAUCGUCACAAUUAUUAGUUAAAUGUGUUAGUCAUGAAAACUUGAAAAACAAUGGUACAAUGACUUUCUAUUAUCAAGUCGAUACAGGAAGACUUUCAAGUGAAUAUAUUUUCAGUACAAAUGAAGCUUUAUUGGGCUUUAGAUGUCUUUAUAACUUUCGUCAAGGUGCUGAACGAUUAAACACCGCCUUAUACAACAACUCUUCAUUAUCAAUAGGUGCUGAAGUUUGGUAUGGUGCUUUAAAUAUGAGCCCUGGAUUAUCAGCUGCCCUACGGUACUCAACACAAUCAACAUACACGGGGAAACCAUUAACAAUGACAUUAGCAUGUAACCCAAUACUAGGUCAUAUAUCAUCAACUUAUUCAGUUAGAACAAGUGCAAGUUCAACUUUCUCAUCGAGAUAUGAUUUCAAUAUCUAUUCAUAUGAUUCAGAUCUUUCAUUUGGUUGUGAACUAUGGAACUCUUCAAAUCAUGAUUUAACAAAAUUACCAUUAAAACACAUUGAUCCAAAAUUACCACCACAUAGUAAACAUUCACCUCAAGAUCAAACAGUUAUUGAAGCUUUUGAAAAUCUUGUCAAAGAAACUGAUUUUUCAAGUGUUGUUAAAAUUGCAACGACUUUAAAUGAUCGUAAUCUGAAAUUAAAAUGGGAAGGAAGAUUUAGAGAUUUUUUGGUUUCAACUGGUGUUGAUAUCGGAUUAGAUUCAAAUUCAAUUCCUUCAUCAGUAGGUAUUCAAAAAUGUGGAUUACAACUACAAUAUUCAUCAUGA